UGGAGAGCCCAGAGAAAUGCAGUGGAUUCCUCUCAUACAGCCACUAAAAGAGACACAGAUAGGCGCAUUUUCACACAUAAAUGGAGGCACGAGCGUAAGCGGCAUCUAACAACCGUAAACCUUUAAACAUGGUGAAGGACCAAGAAGUGGAGCGCAUCGCUAAAAAGCUGGACAAAAUGGUGCACAAGAAAAACACUGAUGGCGCCAUUGACCUGCUUCAAGAGCUGAAGAACAUGACGAUGUCUUUGGAGACCCUACAGUCCACACGGAUUGGGAUGUCAGUGAACGCGGUGCGGAAACAGAGCUCUGAUGAUGAGGUACAGACUUUGGCUAAAUCCCUCAUCAAGAUCUGGAAGAAACUGCUGGAUGGUUCUGAGGGUAAAUCGGAGGAGAAGAAAAAAGUAGGAUCUCCUCUCCAGUCGUCCUCUUCUAAAGACUCUCCUGGAUCCAGUGACACUAGUAAACCUGAGACGCCGAAAACUCCCACCACCCCGAUAACCCCCAAGUUCACCACUUUUCCACCUGUUCCUGUUACAACUGACAGCGUCCGGACCAAAUGCAAAGGCCUGCUGGUGUCAGCCCUCCAGACAGAUGGUGAUUACCAAACAAUUGGAGUAGACUGUGAACACCUAGCAGCACAGAUUGAAGAUUAUAUCUACCAGGAGUUCAAAUCCACCGAUAUGAAGUAUAAGAGCAGGCUGAGGAGUCGCAUCUCCAACCUCAAGGACCAGAAAAACCCAGACUUACGCAAGAACGUUCUAUGUGGCAACAUCGCACCGGACCGCAUCGCCAACAUGACAGCAGAAGAGAUGGCGAGUGCAGAGCUAAGAGAGAUCAGAAAAGCUCUGACGAAGGAGUCCAUUCGAGAGCACCAGCUCUCCAAAGUGGGCGGCACAGAGACUGAUAUGUUUGUCUGUGGCAAGUGCAAGGGAAAGAACUGCGCUUACACUCAGGUCCAGAUACGCAGUGCUGAUGAACCUAUGACUACCUUCGUGCUGUGCAACGAGUGUGGAAACCGGUGGAAAUUUUGUUAAAGACGAAAGAGACCAGGAUUCUUCUUAUGAAGAAUGACCUUAUAGUCAAUCGUGUAAGAAAUACUUUUCUUUUGAGAAAAAAAUAAUGUCUUUUUUUAUACAUUUCAUUAUCAUAGCGUUGUAAUAUAUAUAUAUAUAAUGUGAGUGUUGCUACUUCAAAAAAAUAGUUUUUCUGUAUUUCUUUUUCUUUUGAACUGGUGUAACAUCAUUAUCAUUCACGGACUGCCGAUGACAUAGAUUUAGAAAGUGAAGCUGGCUCGACGAAUCCUGCUUUCUGCCUUUAAUAUCGCGCUUGUGCCUUUCUGCUCUAUGAGUGCCAAGUUAUUGUAAAUAUACAAGUUUUUUUGAACAUGUGCUUUUCAUAUAUGUAUAUGCAGUUUGUGCAUUUUACAAAUGAUUUAUUUAACCAAAUCUAGAUUGGUUGUGUUUCCAGAGUUUAGAAAGUCCUAAAGGAUUAAAAGUUAGUAUUUGAAGAAAACGAUUGACUUCCUUUAAACAGCUAGACGUGGAGCUGAUUUGAAUGGUACAUGAAUGAUGGUUCAUAUGUAUUAUAUGAAUAAGCCCACUGUUUCGUCACAGUAAAUUUGGCUAAAGCAGUUUGUCCUUUGAGUUCUUUUUUUCUUUUUCAGUCCAAACCAUUAUGUUAGUUUAACAGAAUUGACACGUUUAUGUUAUCCAACAGGAUAACAAGACCCCAGCAACAUUUCUAAAGUGAAAUAAAUUGUUCAACCAACAAAAAAAUGGACUUUUUCUGCAAUGUUUACUUUUUGGAUCACAAAAUUGGACAUUUUAAAGAAUUUUAUAUUUGUGUUUCAUGCAAGAAAAGGAUUUUAG